GUCACCUUCGAACGAAUUGCUGAGCAAGAGCCAGCGGCUGCAGACCUUCUAAAGUUGAUUGUCUUUCUCGACCGCCAGAACAUACCAGAGGAACUCCUGACUCAGUCUAACCUGCCCGGUAUGGAUAACCCAAUUGAGUUUCGGACGGCUAUUGGAAAAUUAAUUGGCUUCUCAAUGAUUACCAAAAAGCGAGGCGAUAUACCUGUAUACGAGCUUCAUCGUCUAGUACAGCAAUCUAUCCGGGAAUAUCUCACGGCUGACGAAGUCACUCACUGGAGAAACACCGCACUCGAGGUGAUGUGGCGAUGCUUCCCUCAAUAUAAGCAUGAAAGGCGACACGUUUGCUCACUUUAUCUCCCACACGCGCUCGCUGUAACAAAAGGAUCCGUGUAUCCUAUUGAUGGCUCUCUCUAUUAUCGCAUGGCGGUAUAUCUCUUUUCCGCAGGUUAUGACAACGAUGCAGAAAUACAAAUAAGACGGUGUAUUGAUUUCCGAGGGGAGGUCGGUGAUAAAGAUGUAAGCAAGGAGCGUAUAUCCGAGCUCAAUCUCUUGGGAACUAUCUUGCUUCAUCAAGGAAAGUACGACGAAUCAGAAGAGAUAUGCCGGCGCGCACUGAAGGAUGCGGGGAGGAUUCUGGGGAACGACCACCAGAAGACAUUGGCUAGUGCCAGAGAUCUUGCAAUUGCGCUCACGUAUCAGGGGAAGUACGACGAUGCAGAGCUAAUUCAUCGGGACACAUUGAAAAUUGAAGAGGAGAAGUUUGGGGUGGAUGAUCCCAGGACCUUUGAUUCUAUGUACCAUUUGACAACGGUAUUGGAGAAGGUAGGGAAGUACAGUAAGGCGGAAAAUUUGCAUCGGCGGGUAGUAGAAUCCGGCGGAAAGGCUCUGGGAGCAGAACAUCCUGACACCCUCCGCAGCAGUGGGGGCUUGGCAGGCGUGCUCGGUCUCCAGGGUAAAUAUGCUGAGGCAGAGGCCAUAGAGCGACGGAUACUCAGCAUCAAGGAGGGCUUAUUCGGCCUACAUCACCCUAGCACUCUCGUCACCAUGAAUGGCCUAGGAUCGGCCCUCCACGAUCUUAGAAGGUACGAAGAAGCAGAGGAUAUAUACCGGCGUGCACUUGAGGGCACCGGAAAGAAUGUGGGACCCGAUCAUCCCAGCAUGUACCAUAUCAUGUCCAACCUAGCUCUCACUCUAAAUGAGCUAGGGAAGCAUGAUGAGGCAGAGAGGCUGCUACGGCGUGUGUUUGAAAACUCUCUAAAGGUCCUAGGACCAGAUAAACCUGAAACCCUUCGCAUGAUGCGCAACUUAGCAUCUGUUUUGCACGGUCGAGGGAACCUCAUCGAGGCCCAGAGCCUGAACCAGCAGGCGCUGAAAAUGACAAGUAAAACCCUCGGCCCUGAGCAUUGCGAUACCCUCACCAGCAUGAAUAACUUGGCGACAGCAUUACGGGGCCUUGGACAGUACGAAAAAUCGGAGGAAAUGCAGCGGCGUGCAGUGGAAGGCAGAGAAAGGGUUCUUGGGCGGAAACAUCCAGAUACUCUUACUACUAUUAGCAACCUAGCUCUCGUACUGGAGGACCUAAAUAAAUAUCGUGAGGCAGAGGAAUUGCACAGGCGGGCAUUAGAGGGAAGGGAGGAGGUGCUCGGACCAGACCAUCCCCACACCUUAGACAGUAUCUCCUGUCUUGCCAGAGUGCUUCAAUUGCUCGGAGAACGCGCGGAGGCAGAAAGACUGAAUCGGCGUGCAUUGGAAGUUAGAGAGAAAUCGCUUGGGCCAGAGCAUCCCGAUACACUUCUGAGCAUCAAUCGCUUAAUUACAGACUUGGUAGAGUUGGGUAGGAAUGAAGAAGCCGAGAGCAUGUAUCGACGUGAACUCGAAGUUAGGGAGAGAACUUUGGGACCGGAUCACCCGAGCACGCUCACAGUUGCUAAUAACCUGGCCAUCGCGUUCCGCCGCUGGGGGAGGCUCCCUGAAGCAAAGGAAUUGCUCCGACGUACAAUACAGAUCGGGAAAAAUGUCCCCGGGCCCGAGACCCCGCAAGUUCUCCUCUCUAUCACCAACCUAGGUAUAGUCCUUCAAGAUAUGGAGGAAUACGACGACGCAGAGACAAUGCACCGAUCUGCACUACAAGUAAGAGAGGAAGCUCUUGGGUCCGAGCAUUCAAUGACUCUGCUGAGUGCCCACGAGCUGGCUAGGGCACUACGCGACCUGGAGAGGUAUGAAGAGGCCGAGGAGAUGCAGCGUCGAGCACUUGAUGGUAGAGAGAGACUACUCGGACCCGAGCAUCCCGAUACUCUCGACAGCAUUUAUAACUUAGCAUUACUCUUUCAGAAGCAGGGUAGAGAAGGCGAACUGGAGGAAAUGAAUCGGGAUGCGUUGAAGCGCACAGAGAAAGCAUACGGUCCUAGCCACCCGGACACUGUUCGCUGUAUGUACAACCUUGCCUCGGUGGUCUACAGACAGGGCAAACACGUUGAGGCAGAAGAGUUAUAUCGACAG